AUGUUGGGGAUAUUUGUUGCUGUAUAUACGUUUGUAGGAUUGCUGGGCGUUCACGAAGCUGAUGCCGUUCGCCAUAAUGACCACGAACACAAGCUAAUCAAAGAUCUGUUUACGAACUAUAGCAGUGAAGUUAGACCAGUUAUCGAACAUAGUGACCCUGUUGAUGUGAGGUUCGACCUUGCCUUCAGCCAACUUGUUCAACUUGACGCAAAAAGUCAAAUAUUGACAAGCAAGAUUUGGAUCCGACAGCACUGGUCAAACCCAUACUUAACGUGGAACGCAUCAGAAUAUGGUGGCAUAACCUUCAUUAAUAUCACCCCGAAACUGGUCUGGAAACCAGACAUUGUUCUGUACAACAGUAUCCAAGGAGACAGCGGAGAAAUGUACAAUUUCCAAACCAAAGUCUCCCUGUUCAACGAUGGCUCCUUCCAGUGGUUCGCACCAACUGAAGUCAAAUCCAUCUGCAAGAUCGACAUCACGUAUUUUCCUUUUGACACCCAAACCUGUACCAUGGUGUUCGGGUCCUGGACCUACGCAAGCUCAUUCUUGAAUCUGAGCCUAAAGAGAGACACCGCUGACCUAUCUGGCUACACGGUCAGCGGAGAAUGGGACCUACUCUCCGCUACGGCAAAGCGCAAUGUCGUUAAGUAUAGCUGUUGUCCAGAUCCCUACAUAGAUAUCACAUAUACCUUCGAGAUUCGUCGCAAAGUCCUGUUCUACAUCAACAAUCUAAUUUUCCCUAUCAUCGCGCUAGCGGUGCUGGGAAUGUUCGGGUACUUCUUGCCUCCGGAAUCUGGCGAGAGGAUCUCGUUGUUAAUCACAAUUAUGUUAGGACUGAGCGUGUAUACACUCAUCUUCACGGAGAAUAUCCCUGCUACAUCUGAGGUUACUCCACUACUCUCGCGAUAUUCUACUGCCAUUAUGGUCGAGUUGGGAGUGUCUUUGAUCCUAAGCUGUCUUAUAGUGGGAGUCUAUCAUGGAGAUAGCACCUCCAAACACAUGCCAAGAUGGUUUGAAUUCUUGGUCUUUAAGAUCCUGGCAAAAUUGUUUCGACAUUCAAACCCGAUGAAAAAGGAAUCCGGGAGAGAAGGUAGCCAAAGGGGCAAUGGGAUGGUCAGCGCCGAUCGCACAUCGUUAUACUUCGCGCUCAACAAGCGCGCAUCUCAAGAUCACGGGGGAGCCGAACAACGCCUUGCUCCAAACGAACGCCAGAGCUGUGCCUCUCUGAACAAGAAACUCGACGAAGUGAUCACCAAGCUUGAUGAUAUUUUGGAAAAUAACAAUGGAAGUCAAGAUGACGACGUUCGCCCCAAGAAGUGGCACUUUGCAGCGCGAGUCUUGGAUAACGUUGUGUUUUGGAUUUACACAAUAACUGUCAUCAUCUCAACCAUUGUACUUUCCCUCUUUAUUCCAUAUGAUAUAACAAGCUGA